AUAUGCUAGGUAUUCACUAACAUCGAUUUAUUCUUAAGCUUAAUUCUUCACUUUUUUAGAGAGAAAAAAGAAAAAAGAAAAAAGAAAACCUUCCCCGACCUACACCCUUCACACUCCGUUUCCUCCGCCACGGCCAAUGUUAUGAGACUAUGUAAAGCACUGCGGCAGCACGGUGCUAAUGCCAGUGCCAGACCCAGCCAAUUUACAACGACGAUAAUUGCCCCGCGGUUCGGUCGUCGGCACUUCGCUGACGAUCGAGCUCAGCGGCAGCAGCAGCAGCAGCAGCAGCAGUACGGCCGUGGGCGGCAACUUGCAAGCGAUCGCGAGGAUGUCUUCAAAAUCCGUCCCGAGACGAAGACCGUAGAAACGGUCGCCGGAGACCUGCCGCUGUCGCCCGUCAUGGACCCUACCUACUGGGAAGCCGUCAACCGCCACCACGUUCCCAAGGCGAAGCCCGGAAAGCCUCAGAACUCGGUCGAGCGCCAACUCCGGGCCAACCCCUUCGCCAAAGCUCUGGCGUCGAAUCUGCGAUUGUGUUCCAUAACGCGCACGCGCGUGCCCAGGGCUCUUCUCCAAGACUUCACCAUCGUCGCCCACCCCGAAACCGGUGCCCCCUGGUUCAUUCCGCGCAGCCUGAUACCCGACGACGAUCCUGCCGAGGAAGGGGCGGAGGCAGAGGGUAUAGCGGAAUCGAUGGAUGCGGCGGAGCGAGAAGAGGCAAAGCUAGAAGAGGCGGAAAAGGACAGAGAUGUAGAAUCUGCGCCGCCGGAGGGUCCUCAACAACCGGCCCCCGCUACCGCAAACGCUACCGCUACCGCUCCUUCGAUAGACGAAAGUAGAUUACGAGGCCCCGGCAUUUACUGUCUAGCAAGACGGGAACUUAUCGCCGCCCUCGGCACCAAAGGGACAGGUUUCGAGGCAGCCCCGAAGCGCAUGGCGGGGGCCAGCCAGCGGUACAAGUCCGUCGCGGGCCGAGUUGUCUGGCGCAAGGACAUGGACAGCGUCAUCUUGGACAUGAUGCGGGAGAAGAUCGUGGACGACCUCUUGUACCUCUCGAGGCUAUGCGCGAACGAUAAGAGGUACUACAUCGUGAAAUGCUACGGCUGGGACGACGUGCGGUACAAAUACAACGGGGCCAUCCUCUGGUUCGGCGAGCCGCACGAAGACGCCCAGUCGGGUCGGACUCGCCGCGGACCCGGCCCCUUCGCCACGUUCGGCGUCGAGAAGACGGAUAUCCAGGGCACGACGUACGUCACAUCCGUCGCCGUGCACAACAUGCCCAUGCUCCUGGGGUCCGAGCGAGCUGAGCGUCUCAGAGAGGAGGCCCGGGCCCUAAGCGACGGUUCCAUUUUCAUGCUCGCUGGGCGCCGAACAACCGACCUUCAGCUGAAGCUUUGGAAGUUGCAGGGCUACCUAGCCGACUCCGAGAAUCUAUCAUAGGUAUUUAUAGUCUAUCUAGAAACUAUAAUAUAUAAAAGAAGAAAUAGAAAUAAAAUAAUUCAACCUGAAA